AAGCAAUGAACGACAACGCGAAACUUUAUUCAAGCGUCGGCCAGUUGCAAAAACAAGGCAUCGCUGAAACUUUGCAAAAAUACAUAAAACUUGUUCGUUUCAAAGAUAAAAUAAAAGUGUUAGAUGUUGGGUGUGCUGAUGGUGGUCUCACUUCCGAAAUUCUUGUGCCAAAUUUGCCACCAGAUUUUGACGAAAUUAUCGGAAUGGACAUCUCCCCAAAAAUGUUUCGUCCAAUUCGAUAUCACUUCGGAACAAAUUCCCGAGAAAUUUUACGAAUAUUUCGACAACAUUUUCUCGUUUUAUUGCUUUAAUUGGAUUGCUGAACACAAACAUCCUCAAGCACUCAAAAAUUUGUACAAAAUGCUAAAACCCGGCGGUUACAUUUUUCUAGUGAUUAUUUCAACCAGCCAAGUUUUCGACGUUUAUGAAACCAUGUCCCAGUCUGAAAAGUGGGCCCCAUUUGUGAAAAAUGUGAGAGAAACGGUAUCGCUCUAUCACUUCAUCGACCAACCACAACCGAAACUGAACAAUUUCCUGAAAAGUGCAGGUUUUGAUUGUCAUUUAUGCACGCUGGAAGAGAAAUGUUACACAUUUGAGAAUUUAGCGCACUUUUGGGAAUGGGCGGUUUCUAUUAAUCCAUUUUAUAAAAAAAUUCCGGAAAAUAAACUGCAGUCGUACCAAGAAGACUAUUUGAACGAAUUUAGGAAACACAAAAAUGUUUUUAUCGAAGUCUCAAAUCGGGAAGAAAAAAUUCGGAAGCCAUACACCACUCUUGUGGCUUGUGCCUCAAAGCCCGAGGAAGUGUAAACUGAUUUGCAUUUAGCGUAGUUGUUUAACUUUAUUGAGUGAAUAAAAAUUUUGGCGUUA